UUGUAUUAGAACAGAAGAAUUUUAAUUUAUAAGAAUUUUCUGCCGCUCCAAAAUUCCUUCCAGCUUCGUUCCACCGUGUAUGUUCGUUGCUGUUUGCUCGAUCCCCUCCAACGUGUCCCUCCACCCAGGCAGGGUUUCUAUUUCACUUUUCCUUCCACCGAUACUACCAAAGAACAAGGAGAUCGCAAUCGCAAUUCUUAAUUCUCACACGCACUUUCGCCAAAUCGAAGUACAUUAUUGAUUCCUUCCGUGAUGAGAGAGCCCAGAGAUGGAGCCAAUAACAAGCCCUCUAAAGCCGCCGCCGCCGCCGCCGCAUCACCGCCUCAGUCCUUCCCUCUCAUUCUCGACGUCGACGAUUUCAAGGGAGACUUCUCGUUCGACGCGUUGUUCGGGAACCUCGUCAACGAGCUUCUUCCGACGUUCAAAUUGGAGGAAUCUGAAUCGGACGGCGGAGAUGCUCUCCCGAACGGCCAUCUCCGCGUGCCAUCCACCGAUGGGUCCAAGUACUCGCAGGGGAUUGUGAGUCCGUUGUUUCCUGAGGUCGAGAAGCUCCUGUCGUUGUUCAAGGAUUCUUGUAAGGAGCUGCUUGAGCUUCGUAAACAGAUUGAUGGGAGACUCUACAAUCUCAAGAAAGAUGUUUCGGUUCAAGACUCUAAGCAUCGGAAGACACUUGCUGAGCUAGAGAAAGGUGUGGAUGGAUUGUUUGACAGCUUUGCGAGGUUGGAUUCACGAAUUUCAAGUGUUGGUCAGACAGCAGCAAAGAUAGGUGAUCAUCUCCAGAGUGCAGAUGCUCAGCGAGAAACUGCCAGUCAAACAAUUGAGUUGAUAAAAUACUUAAUGGAAUUCAAUAGCAGCCCAGGCGACCUGAUGGAGCUUUCACCUCUUUUUUCUGAUGAUAGCCGUGUUGCUGAUGCUGCUUCGAUUGCCCAGAAAUUACGGUCAUUUGCUGAAGAAGAUAUAGGAAGACAUGGAAUACCUGUCCCAUCAGCUAUGGGAAAUGCAACUGCUAGCAGAGGAUUAGAAGUAGCAGUUGCUAAUUUACAGGACUACUGCAAUGAACUGGAGAAUAGAUUGCUUUCUCGGUUUGAUGCAGCAUCACAGAAAAGAGAAUUGACCACAAUGGCAGAAUGUGCCAAAAUUUUGUCUCAGUUUAACAGGGGUACAAGUGCCAUGCAACAUUAUGUGGCAACACGUCCAAUGUUUAUUGAUGUGGAAAUAAUGAAUGCAGACACUAAGCUGGUUCUUGGUGACCAGGCUGCCCAAGCUAGUCCUAGUAAUGUUGCUCGUGGGCUUUCCUCCUUGUACAAAGAAAUCACAGAUACUGUUCGUAAGGAAGCUGCAACAAUCACGGCCGUAUUCCCUUCACCAAGUGAAGUUAUGUCAAUUUUAGUUCAGAGAGUUUUAGAGCAGCGAAUCACUGCCCUUUUGGACAAACUGUUAGAGAAACCAUCUCUUGUCAAUUUACCUUCCGUGGAGGAAGGUGGGCUCCUAUUAUAUCUUCGAAUGCUGGCAGUGGCGUAUGAAAAGACCCAAGAGCUAGCAAGAGAUCUACAAGCUGUAGGAUGUGGUGACUUGGAUGUUGAGGGUCUAACAGAGUCCCUAUUUUCAAGUCACAAGGAUGAAUACCCUGAAUAUGAGCAGGCAUCUCUUAGGCAAUUAUAUAAAGUGAAGAUGGAAGAACUGCGAGCUGAAAGCCAGCAGAUUUCUGAUGCAUCUGGGUCAAUUGGACGCUCAAAAGGAGCUUCAGUAGUUUCUUCUCAACAGCAAAUAUCUGUUACUGUUGUAACAGAGUUUGUGCGUUGGAAUGAAGAAGCAAUCUCAAGAUGCAAUCUCUUUGCUUCCCAGCCUGCUACACUUGCAACCCAUGUUAAAGCAGUGUUUACUUGCCUGCUAGACCAAGUUAGUCAAUAUAUAGCUGAUGGGCUUGAACGGGCAAGAGACAGCCUGACUGAAGCAGCUAAUUUGAGGGAAAGAUUUGUGUUGGGUACAAGUGUUACCCGUAGAGUGGCUGCUGCAGCUGCAUCUGCUGCAGAGGCGGCGGCAGCUGCUGGUGAAAGUAGUUUCAGAUCUUUCAUGAUUGCUGUGCAACGUUCUGGAAGCAGUGUAGCUAUUAUUCAACAAUACUUUGCUAAUUCUAUAUCUCGGCUUUUGCUCCCCGUUGAUGGUGCACAUGCUGCUGCUUGUGAGGAAAUGGCUACAGCAAUGUCAAGUGCAGAGGCUGCUGCUUAUAAAGGACUACAACAGUGCAUUGAAACUGUCAUGGCUGAGGUGGAGCGGUUGCUUUCAGCUGAACAAAAGGCUACAGAUUAUCGAUCACCUGAUGAUGGAAUGGCUCCUGACCACCGGGCAACCAGUGCCUGCACAAGAGUUGUUGCUUAUCUUUCUCGUGUGCUGGAGUCUGCAUUUACUGCUUUAGAAGGCCUUAACAAACAAGCAUUCCUGACUGAGUUGGGAAAUCGCUUGCACAAGGUGCUACUAAACCAUUGGCAGAAGUAUACUUUUAAUCCAAGUGGGGGGUUGCGACUGAAGCGUGACAUUACUGAAUAUGGAGAAUUUCUGCGUAGUUUCAAUGCUCCGUCUGUUGAUGAAAAGUUUGAAUUAUUGGGCAUAAUGGCCAAUGUAUUUAUUGUUGCUCCUGAGAGCCUUUCAACUUUGUUUGAGGGCACACCCAGCAUACGGAAAGAUGCACAAAGAUUUAUUCAACUUCGGGAUGACUACAAGGCUGCCAAACUUGCGUCCAAACUAAGUUCCUUGUGGUCUUAACAAAAUCCGGCUUGUGAUCUAAAAUCUUCGGGGAUGACUACAUUCACCUGUUUAUUGGCUAUGGGCACUGACGCUUGAACUGAAUUCAUUUGGUGGUGUUAGAAGAGUGAUUAACAAUUUGUUCUAUACAAAAUUAUAGGUUAUUCAAUGGCCGUUUUAGUAGAAUUGAGUGUUCUUUCUUGCUGAAUAUUUGGAGGCAUGAAUAGGAAGGGAGACCAUGUAGAUUUGUAUUUUAUUUUAUUUUAUUUUAUAAUGCAUAGUUUUCCUUUGUGAAUGUAGUUGUAUUUUUAUGUUUGCGGAGUUGUUGAUUUUUGGUGCUAAGUGGAUCGUGCUUAGACCGAGUAAAUAUAGCCAAUACUUGGAUACGUCGUGUAAAUUAGUUUCACCCUGUUGUUUAUGGAAUGCAUGUUUCAUUAUCAUGGUA